AUGGCGCCAAAGCUCAUCUCAUGCCAAGAUAAGCGUGAGCACGCGUUCGAAGGCUAUCAACGCGCUUACGUGUUGGUCCACCAUGCUGCGCACCAUCUUCGCCCAACGGGUUACAAACUCGGUAUUGGCCGUCCGCUGUUUCGAAAGAACGAAAAGAAAGGCGCCAAGAAAGACGACGAUAAUGACGACAAGAUCCAGCAGGAGGAAGAGGUAGAGAGCGACAACACUGUAUUCGAGUUCAACCUUGAUAAGGAGGUUAUCAGGCGCCGCCUCACCAAAACUAUUAUGCGGGAGGGGGAAUGA